GCGAGAGGGAGUCACCCCUACCCAACAUGGCCGCCGCCACGCGAGUCUCAUGUAACACGUCACGAGGCCUCCCACUACGCCAGUUCCUCCACUGCCCACGUGUGCAGGAGAGCGGGGAGAGAGGAGAGCGCAGAGGAGAGAGAAGAGGAGAGAGAGGAGAGGAGGCGAGAGAAGAGGAGAGAGCGAAGCGAAACGUCGAGGAGUAAUAAGUGAGAGGUGACUCGCGGCGUGAGACCACUGCGAGGUGGUGUCGGAGGAGCGGGGGGGCCAUGACGCGCUGGGCGCGCGCUAACAACGCGCACAGGAAGCGGACGGGAGACGCCACUCCAUGGGAGGUGCAGCAGCAGGAACAGAACCAGGAACAGAAGCAGGAACAGAACCAGGAACAGAACCAGGAACAGAAGCAGGAACAGAAGCAGGAGACGCGGAAGAAGGCAAAGAAGAAGGCAAAGUACGAGGACCCGGACGUGAAUGGGUUCCUGGCGGCGCAGCGUGCGGCAACGGCGGAGGGAGCAGGCGGCGGCGGUGGUGGCGGCGGCGCCGGCGUGGACGCCGCCACCGCGGGGAAGAGGGAGCGGCGGCGCGAGGAGCGGAGACUGCGGAGGCAGCGCAAGAAGCUGGGGAACAUGGUGUGCUUCCAGUGCCGGGAGCCAGGCCACGGCGUGGCCGACUGCCCACGCGACCCCGAGUCCGGUGCCGGCAUUUGCUUCCGCUGCGGCUCCACCGAGCACGAGCUGGGGGCCUGCCGGGCUCGCAUAGACGCCCUCGCCGGGGAGCUGCCCUUCGCCAAGUGUUUCAUCUGCGGAGAGAUGGGUCACCUCUCUCGCUCGUGCCCGGACAACCCCAGGGGCCUCUACGCAACGGGCGGUGGCUGCCGGGAGUGCGGUUCUGUGGAGCACUUCCACAAGGACUGCCCUGUGGCGAAGCACGGUGGCGCCGCGUCGGCGCUGACGCUCACCGUGUGGGAGGGGGGCGGCAGCGCCGACGCCGACCCGGUCCUGGAGGCCGAAGCCGCGGCCGCGGCCGCCAAAGCCCCUCGGACUGUCCGGGCCCCCGUGUCGUCACCUUCUAACGAGCUGUCGGCCGGCGCAGACGACGAUGCAGAGAACGGCGCAGCAGGCAACGGCGCAGCAGGCAAGGGCGUAGCAGGCAACGGCGUAGCAGGCAACGGCGCAGCAGGCAACGGCGCAGCAGGCAACGACGCAGCAGGCAACGACGCAGGCGGCAACGACGCAGGCCCCUCGAAAACUUCCAGAAAAUACAUUUAAUAAAUAAACAGGAGGUUACAAAGAGAGGAGGCGGCGGGGGGCGGUAACGUCAGGCUUGCGAGCGAGUGGGGGGCACCAUGGGUUUGGCAGAGCCCCCCCUCCCCGCAGGCCGCGCGCCCUG